AUGUUUGCAUCACUGAAACCAUUGCUAACAACGGGUCAGUCAUUGUAUGUGAGGACAGGUAGUAGUGGUCGGUGUUUGCAUUGGUUGGCACACACUCUGGAUAUCAAUAGAUUUAAGGAUGACUUUAAUGAUUAUAAAUACGAGGAAACGGGUCUUAACUAUGACUUUGACUUUAAUUUAUUGAAUACCCGUUACGUAACUCAACAGACAAUUCAAGCAAUGAAAGUGAAGACAAGUGAUUGUCCACUGAAUGAGUGGAAACUGUUUAGACAUUACUUACAAAUGAAUGCAACGAUAGGUUCAUUGAGUGACGACUUUUUGGAUACUUUAAGAGAUAAUAGUCCAAAAAGAAUGGGUCCUCAAGAUUAUAGCGAAGGAGAUAUCGAACGAUUCGUUGAAUAUUUAAUAUAUUUUUCAAUGAAAAACAAUGGUUUUAAUAAAUUGUUUCAUAUAAGCAAUCAAUUAAAACUUAAUUGGGAUUCUGUUAACAAAAAGAAAAGAAAAAAUAUUUUUGAAAACAAAACAAAAGGUUUUAUUGCAGUUCCCGACAAAGUUCUCUCAAACGGCGGACGACUUUUCCUUACGGUUGAAGUCAAGAAAAUUACCGAACAAUUCUUAAUUGAAAAUAUGGAUGAAAAGAAUUACCGAUUUAUGAAGGAAUUGGGAGAAAAAAAAGAGAAACACAGAGAUGAAUACAACUCACAAAUUAUUACUAAUAAUUUUGCCCAAACAUUAGCACAAAUGGUUUGGUUAGCGGAUUACAACCUAACAAACAAAAAGACAUCUCAAGAUAUAUACGGCUUAUUAGUCAGAAAUACUUAUUACCAUUUCUUUGCCACCAAUAUAUCCAAUGAUUAUAUUUUUAAAUUGCGAUCCAAACAACUGACACCAAACGAUACGCUAAAUGUAAUGCAUAUAUCAGACGGUAUUGGACUCAACAGUGAAGACGAAGAAGACUUUGCGGUAAUUUUAAAAAUACUUUUUAUGAUUAUGGACUCAGAAAGUCUACGAAUUUAA